AUGUCCUACUACUACGAGCAGUGCAAGCAGCCCUGCCUGCCCCCUCCGUGCCUGCGGAAGUGCGCCAAGUGCCCGGAGCCCUGCGCCACCCAGUGCGUCGAGGUCUGCCAGGCCCCCUGUGCCACCAGCUGCGUCACCCAGUGCGUGGAGCCCUGUGCCACCCAGUGUGCCACCAGCUGUGCCCCGCAGUGCGUGGAUGUUUGUGCCACCCAAUGUGCCACCAGCUGUGCCCCGCAGUGUGUGGAUGUCUGUGCCACCAGCUGUGCCCCGCAGUGCGUGGACGUCUGUGCCACCCAAUGUGCCACCAGCUGUGCCCCGCAGUGCGUGGACGUCUGUCCCACCCAAUGUGCCACCAGCUGUGCCCCGCAGUGCGUGGACGUCUGUGCCACCCAGUGUGCCACCAGCUGUGCCCCGCAGUGCGUGGAUGUCUGUCCCGCCCAGUGUGCCACCCAGUGCCCCGAGCCCUGUGUCACCAAGUGCGUGGAGCAGUGCCAGGCCGAGGUUUGCAGCACCAAGUGCGUGGAGUCGUGCGAGGCCGUGUGCCUGGAGCCGUGCUCCCGCCCCUGCUGA